ACGGAGGCCUGGGGGACGGCAGACGAGGCUUCGCCCGAGCCCAGCGCUCUUUCCUCCGCUCCCGGCCGUCUGCGAAGCCGCGCGGACCGGUCGGCAGCGCGAGGUUCCCCGUGGGCGCCGCUGCUGCCGGCCGCAGGGAGGCCGGCCCCGGGCGCGCACGCUCGGCCGAGCCCCGGCGCACCCCGCGCGCCCCGCUGACAGCUGCAGCUGGACUCCUGCGCUCGGCUCCCGGCUCGGCGGCCGGCCUCGGGCCCCUCCGCACUCCGCCCCCUCGGGCUCCUCUCGCUCCACCUCUACCCCUCCUGCCCUCCGGUGCAGAUCAUUUCGCAACUGCCUGCUUCUUGCUCGCCCCGCGCCCGGCUGUUUUUUCCAUUCCCGGCCCCUUCUUCUCUUGAGUACUUUGCCCCCUGAAUUUUGGGGAGAGGCUGCCAAGGAGGGACGAGCGGAGCGUCCUGAGGAGAAGGAAGAAGCAAGGCCCGCAGCGGGAGGAGGCUCAGCGGGCUGUGGGGAGGAGACCCCACGCCGCCCUUUCUGGUCAUCUCUCCUCCCGCCCCGCCCCUGCGCACACUCCCUUGCGGGCGAGCUACUUUCGGCCGAGGAAAGUGAGAGCGGCCCUGGUGACAGCGCCGCGGGGCCAGUCCCGGGGAAUCGCGUCUUGUCCGUCGCGCUGCUAACCAGCGCACAGCCGCGACCAAGGAUGGCUUCGACUACAACCUGCACCAGGUUCACGGACGAGUAUCAGCUUUUCGAGGAGCUCGGAAAGGGGGCAUUCUCGGUGGUGAGAAGAUGCAUGAAAAUCCCUACUGGACAGGAAUAUGCUGCCAAAAUUAUCAACACCAAAAAGCUUUCUGCUAGGGAUCAUCAGAAACUGGAAAGGGAAGCUAGAAUCUGCCGUCUUUUGAAGCACCCCAAUAUUGUGAGACUUCAUGACAGCAUAUCAGAAGAGGGCUUCCACUACUUGGUGUUUGAUUUGGUUACUGGGGGUGAACUUUUUGAAGACAUAGUGGCAAGAGAAUAUUACAGUGAAGCCGACGCCAGUCAUUGUAUACAGCAGAUUCUAGAAAGUGUAAAUCAUUGUCACCUAAAUGGCAUAGUCCACAGGGACCUGAAGCCUGAGAAUUUACUUUUAGCUAGCAAAUCCAAGGGAGCAGCUGUGAAACUGGCAGACUUUGGCUUAGCCAUAGAAGUCCAAGGAGACCAACAGGCAUGGUUUGGUUUUGCUGGCACACCUGGAUAUCUUUCUCCAGAAGUUUUACGUAAAGAUCCAUACGGGAAACCAGUGGAUAUGUGGGCAUGUGGUGUCAUUCUCUAUAUUCUGCUUGUGGGGUAUCCACCCUUCUGGGAUGAAGACCAACAUAGACUAUAUCAGCAAAUCAAGGCUGGAGCUUAUGAUUUUCCAUCACCAGAAUGGGACACGGUAACUCCUGAAGCCAAAGAUCUCAUCAAUAAAAUGCUUACUAUCAACCCCGCCAAACGCAUUACAGCAUCAGAGGCACUGAAGCAUCCAUGGAUCUGUCAACGUUCUACUGUUGCUUCCAUGAUGCACAGACAGGAGACUGUAGACUGCCUGAAGAAAUUCAACGCUAGAAGAAAACUAAAGGGUGCCAUCUUAACAACCAUGUUGGCUACAAGAAAUUUUUCAGCAGCCAAGAGUUUGUUGAAGAAACCAGAUGGCGUUAAGAAAAGGAAGUCCAGUUCGAGUGUUCAGAUGAUGAUAAACAACAAAGCCAACGUGGUAACCAGCCCCAAAGAAAAUAUUCCUACCCCGGCGCUGGAGCCCCAAACUACUGUAAUCCACAACCCUGAUGGAAACAAGGAGUCAACUGAGAGUUCAAACACAACAAUUGAAGAUGAAGAUGUGAAAGCACGAAAGCAGGAGAUUAUCAAGGUCACUGAACAAUUGAUUGAAGCCAUCAACAAUGGAGACUUUGAGGCUUACACAAAAAUCUGUGACCCAGGUCUUACUGCCUUUGAACCUGAAGCUUUGGGUAAUUUAGUGGAAGGGAUGGACUUUCACCGAUUCUACUUUGAGAAUGCUUUGUCAAAAAGCAAUAAGCCAAUCCACACUAUUAUCCUGAAUCCUCAUGUCCAUCUGGUAGGGGAUGAUGCUGCCUGCAUAGCAUACAUUAGGCUCACACAGUACAUGGAUGGCAGUGGAAUGCCAAAGACAAUGCAGUCAGAAGAGACCCGGGUGUGGCACCGCCGGGAUGGCAAGUGGCAGAAUGUUCAUUUCCAUCGCUCAGGCUCACCAACAAUACCCAUCAAGCCACCUUGUAUUCCAAAUGGGAAAGAAAACUACUCAGGAGGCACCUCUUUGUGGCAAAACAUCUAAGGCUGCAAACCAUUCACAUAUGGGUCUUCUAAAUAUCAACAGUGCCACUUCUGCGUUCUGUGUUCUCAAGGCACCCGGAUGGUAACCCUGGACCGUCCUCUCCUGCUCUUCAUGCAUGUUUUUGAGUGCAUGAAGUUGUGAAGGUCCUACAUGUAAUGCAUAUGUGAUGCAUCAUCUUAUCAUAUAUUCCUUCCUAUACAUUGUUUACAUUUCAACAAAGGGGAUGUUCCAUGCAAAUGUAAAUCACUGUUGGCAAACAACAGGGAGAGGUCAGACAAAUUCCACAAUCGAGUACAAGCUGUUCAUCAUGUUUCUGUUUAUGCCAAGAUGUAACAGACUUCAAAUAUUACUGCUCUCUGAAUGACAGCUCGUAAAAGAAAUGUAGAUUGUUUUUUGAAACUCAUUGCUGUUAAUCUCUUUUGGCUUGUUUGGGGUUUUUUGUUUGUUUGUUUGUUUUUUAAAGCAAAAAAAAAUAUAUAUAUAUAUAUAUAUAAAUAUACUUUCAGUUUCCUGGUGUGAACCUGAUUGAAAUGAGUGAUUUUUCACCGAAAGGUUGGCUGUUUAACAGUUGAAAUGGGUUGAUAGAUGGGCAGAAGCACUUAUGAAUGUGGAAGCAAGAAUCUGUUUGUUUGUUUCCAUCUAAAGCCAUGUCAUUUUUGGUCAAACUGUUGUAAACUGGGAAAAUCAUUUAUGAAUUUGAUCACUUUUCAUCUAUACUCACUAUUCUGGUGAAUUUGCCUAACUGAAAAAAUCCCUCCCCCUGUUUUUCAACUCUGCUGUUUUCUUCAUUGUAUUCUAAGUCAUUAUUAGUUUUUGACUUUGACUUUGCAUUUGUUUUAGCAUUGUUCUCUUUUUCUUCUUCUUCUUCUUUUUUUUUUUUUUUUUUGGCUAGUGGUGUGUAAACAAAGAAUAAAAGUGAAACGUACUUAAUAAGAAUACAAUAAAAAGGCAUUUGGAAGGGAAACUUUCACUUCUGUCAUCUGCAGGACUUAGCAACGUUUUGUACAAGAAGAUUUUAAAGGUGCUUUAUCCAGAAUUGGCAGUGGUUUGGACCUCAGUGUCCUAAGGAACCCAAUUUUUAGAGCUGCAAUAGAGGCAAGGAAGUCCUUCCCGUCACUGCAGCAUGUACUAUGACUGGGGCACUUGCCCAGCGAGAAUAGAGCCAAGCACAGAUGAGAAUUUUGCUCAGAUGCACUUGUUUCCACCUUGCAAAAUGCUAGGGCCCCUCCUGCACAUCACUAGCUCAUUUCCUAAAGCUAGAGAGGAUGUUAUUGUUUCUUUCCAGUGUUCCAAACUUGACUUUUGUGGUUUUUUAGAUUCUCUCUUGGAUCAGAGUAUCACUUUCCUCCUUGGAGCUGUGAUUUUUUUCAACUUUAAAAUUUAAAGAAAAGGGAAACAUCCUGGGCUUUGUGCUUCUCAUUUUACUUCUGUUGACUCAGUUUCUGUGAGGCUUUCUCUCUUCCUUGAAAUGCUCUAUAGUGCAUGGAAUCUCCAUGGACGUUAAUCUAAGGCUAGUCAUCCAUGGCCCUUAGAAACCUAUUUUUUAAGCUUUAGGCAAAAGAAAAAAAAAGCCCUCUUUCAUUUCACCUUUCUUUGUUGAUUACUAAUCACUGUAGAUAUUGUUGUUAGUGGAUGUAUGGUAGAUGGGUUGAAGCUUUUCUGAUAAUUAUUACACAAUUUAAGACAAUUAUAUAUUUAAAAUAUAUACAGCAAAUGUAUUGAGCCAUGUUAACCUGCCAAUGAGAUCUGUGAAAAAGUAAUGGCCUCAUUUUUCCCUUUUUAAUUUCUUUUACCUUUUUGUGAAGCGGCUAUAUGUGGCAUACAUGUAUUUUUAAAAAAUUAGCUGUAGAGUGGUUUUCUUUUUUUUACACUUUUAACAGCAUGUGGUGUUGAAGUAUUGUUGUAGAUCAAGUUUGUUUUCCACACUAAGACAUGAGGACAUUGUGAUUUGUUCCCUACGCCACAACUGAAUUACACAUUUAUGAUCUUCUCGUAUCAUUUUGAAACACUGCAGUUUACCAUGGGACACUGUAUAUAUUUCUUGCCAUAAUGGUAAAUGACUGAUUGAUAUAUUUAAGAGUUAAUAAAUUUGUGAUUUCUGCUGACAAUGUGUCCAUCUUUAUUUCUUACAAAGAGGUGCUAAACUUAAUGCUUGAAUCGUGCUAGCCAAUGCUGAAGGCACUGUCCCACUGUGGUCUCACCAAGCACAUCACAACUUGCACUUGGUGUUAGUGGCAAGUUAAAUGUUCUCUAUGUACCAAACCAUGGUCUCUCCUGGGAAAAUGUGCUGAGAGUAAAAUAGCUAACUGCCCACGAGUCCUAGAAACAUUGAAAUGUGAGCCCUGACAUCUGUCCUUCACUGCUAGCAUUUUCAGUUUCUAACUCAACACUGACCAGUACGUGCGUCAGUCCACAUGCAGGUGAGUUAAGUGGACAGAAGUGCUCAACUUACUGCCAUUUGCUAGAAGCAUCACCUUCUCUCACAUUUGUUUAUGCUGUUUUAUGUAUGUUCUCCACCUGGAAUAUCUUUCUCCUACUUAUUCGAUCUGAUUCUUUCUCAUUCUUUAAAGUGCAGUUUAGAAUAUCAACCCCACCAUCAGCAUUUGGUAGAAAGUGCUCACAGCUUGCUUGAGCUGCUACUAACCAUGUUGUUUCAGAAAAGGUCUUUAUUUUUGCCUCCUGUACUGAAGGACAAUGUUAUUAUAGUCAUUCUGGUAGCUCUGAACUCAAACUAGGACCCAGAAGGGAGAAAAUGUUAUUAAAUAGUUGAUGAACUGAGAGAACUGAGACUAAACCAUCUAUGAGAACUAUGGGAGCCUUAAAAUGUAAUCAGAUAGUCCUGGGUUGAUGUUACUAUUGUCUUGAUACCCGAGCAAACUGCUUCGUCCUUCUGAACCUGUUUCAUAUUUGUAAAAGAAUAUACAUACUAAUUUUACAAGUGUAUUGUGAAAACUAGAGAUUGUAGGUACCAAUGGCCUGGAAUAAUCUUUAAUGAAGAUAAAAUAGUAGCAGUUGUAAUAUUAAUCACUGAAAUUAAUAUAAUAUUGCUAUGAUUACUAUUCCUUACUCAGGGAAUAUAUAACUCUUAUUUUGCUGUUGGCUGCUCUUUUCAUAUAGGAUGAUUGUUAUUAAUAAGGAUAUACACAUAUUCUAAUGUCUUGGGAAGAUGACAGAGGCACUGAAGAAUGCUGCCAUCCAA